AUGGAAUCGAGUCCAAGGUACGCCCGGGUGGAGGAAAGUCGAGAUGAUCUGGCGCUGGUGCGUCAUGGCAGCGUCAUGUUCUCUCCAUCACCACAUGCACCGUUACGUAGUUUUACGACUGAAGAUUUGCCGUCAGUUAAGUCGUUUGUGUCCAUGUCCGACGCCAUCGGAGAUACCAAGAAACGCUCGGGCUCGUAUAUCUUUGAGAGCAGUCGUUUGGCCAUAAUAAAGGGCAUACAGGGUGUAGGACUUGAUCGUGUCGUGGAUAAGAUGCACAAGGUCUUUACACCUGAUGACUCGGAGCGCGUCCUGCGUGCUGAGUGGCUCGUAGUCGAAACGGAAGAACAACAGCUUCAGGAGCUCCAGGAAGUCGUGCACAGGCUUCAAAAAGCUUUUAAAUUCUCUAAUCGAUUGCGGACGCUCGUGAAAUUGGCCAAUAGUACACUGGUCAAGUGUGACGAGCUAGUGGAGCGCAGUCAAGCGCAUCUGGAGCAUUGCAACCUCAUGUUUGCCCAGUUUGUUAAUGAGAUCGCCACACUGACUGACUAUUUGAGUAAAUUGAGAGAGGCGGUGAUCCCGUCGCAGCAUACAAACAAUCAUAAUGAGGAGAAGAGACACGCACGACGAGCAGAGUGGGCGCUCACGCGCAUGGCGCAGAGUGCGCAGGCGAUGGUCGCUGAAAUGAAGGAGAGUCUGGAUGAGCUCGAUGAUCUCACCAGUGAGUGCACAAAGCUUAUGGUGCAGAGUAUCACGCUGUUACAUAUGAGAGGACGCUCUGCGGAUUUCAGUGGCACAGGAGUUGCAGCCGGUGCGGCUGGUGUAGUGGCCGGAGCUGUCGUGGGUGUUGCUGGAGUGUUUGCUGCUCCAGCGACUGGUGGACUAAGUGUGCCGAUCUCACUGGCCGGAAAGAGUUUGUUCUUGUCAGGUAUAGCAGCGCUGACUCCGUCCAGUAUCAUGCUCAGUCGUCAAAGCCAACAACUCAGUGGACUGUCGCUGCUGGUGGUAAACCUCAAGUCGUGUCUAGAGAUCAUGAAUCAGAAGCGGGAAGAGAUGGCAGUGGCAUUCGCAGCAGUCGAAAGUCUCGACCUUGAUAUUAAGCAAGCGACAGAUUUUUGUCAGGAUGCCAUUGAGUUGGAGAUCUCCAUUUACGAGAGUUCGUGGGGUUUUAUUGAAGAUAUCAGCGUGAAGCUCAUGACGCUCAAUCAAUCGGUGGAAAUGUUUCAGGCGUCACCAAGUAUCUGGCAUUUUUGCAAGUCAGAAGACGCCAUGUACCAAUAUCUUCUCGCCGAAGAGGAAGAAAGUUGA